AUGUGGGAGAAAGCGGAAGACAUCAGUCGUGAUUGCCUGCUGAAGCGAGUGAAGGGGAAGAACGGCCUCCUGGUCACCCUCACCGACAAGGUGGACAGGGAACUGCUGGAGGCGGCUGGUUCGCAGCUGAAAAUUGUCUCUACACUUUCCGUCGGCUACGAUCACAUUGACGUGGAUGAGUGUCGUCGCCGUGGAGUCCUUGUGGGCAACACUCCCGACGUUCUGACAGAUGCCGUGGCGGAACUGACCAUGGCCUUGCUCCUCGCUACACUGCGACGAUUCUUCGAAGCUCAUAAAGCAUUGAGAGAUGGCAUGUGGAAGUGCUGGGGACACUUCUUCAUGUGCGGUGGCAUGGUCAAGGGCAGCGUCGUCGGCUUUGUCGGCGCCGGUCGCAUCGGCGCGAGCAUCAUGCAGCGUCUGGUGGCCUUUCAGCCGGCUCAAGUCCUCUACAACACCCGCAACCGAUCGCCGGCAAUUGCAAAUGAGAAAGAGUACGGGGCAGUGUACUGCUCGGCGCUGGAUGAUCUGCUCGCCAGAAGUGAUAUUGUAAUUGUGUGCUGCUCGCUGAACAGUUCCACGAAGCAUCUCCUCGGCGAGGCGCAGUUUCGCCAGAUGAAGCCCUCGGCCAUUCUCAUCAACACCAGCCGCGGUGCAGUCGUCGACCAGAAGGCACUGUACGAGGCGCUGAAGAGCAAGCAGAUUGCCGCCGCUGGUCUGGACGUAAUGGAAGUGGAGCCAAUGCCCACGGACGACCCGCUCCUGGAGCUGGACAACGUCGUUCUCCUCCCGCACAUUGGCAGUGCCACCUUUUCCACGCGAGAGGCGAUGAUUCGCCUGGCAGUGGACAAUCUCCACGCUGGCCUCGACGGAAGACCUCUGCCGGCUGCUGUCGCCUAA